AUGGCCGCCACACAAUUAACCGCCGAUUUACAUCCGCUUCUUACCGAGUACGUGAUUAAAAAGUUACAAAAGAAUCGUCUCACCACGGUGUACAGCUUUGUCAAGGUGGAAGUAGAGCAACUGAUAAGGAUCACCAAUCUUCCCGCCGAAAGUAUUGUUUUGGUGAAAAAUCAACUAAUCGAACGUUUCGCCGGCCAGUACCGGAAUGCACAAGCCCAAGCAGCUCAACCUCCGGUCCGGUUGGGCACGGGAAUACAUUCAGUCGACACAUUACUACAGGGAGGACUAGUACCGGGUCACAUUUAUGAAUUUUGUGGCGAAUCUGGUACUGGAAAAACGUUACUAUGCAUGACGAUAGCCGCGAAUGUGGUACUGCAACGUUGUACGGUGUAUUACAUCGACACAAAGUGUGAUUUUUCCGGCCAAAAGAUGCAACAAAUACUGGACAAAGGGCAGCGAAAGCUUACAGAGCAGGAACUCGGCCACACUAUGGCACGGAUUAAAGUGGAACGAAUAUUUUCACCCGAACUGCUGGUACAGGUAGUGGAAGAGCUAACCGCCGGAAAGCAUCUGGAGACAGGGACGGAUCUCAAACUGCUCAUAAUCGAUUCGCUUCCAUCGCUGUGGUACCUGUACCAAGAUUCCCAAAGUUCCGUUGAACCUUUGGGUCUGUUGACGAAAUUAAUCUGCUCACUGCGCAAACUGGCCACGCAGCACAGUGUAGCGAUAGUAUUGGUUAAUUUGGCAGUUCGCAUGGUCGAAGCAAUGGGAGGUAACUCAGUGGAGGGCAAACGGAAACUAUGCCCAAAUGGAAACUAUCCUGCACUGGGACGCUACUGGGAAAGUGCCCCCGGUACAAGGUUGCUGCUGGAACGGAACGAUGAUCAACCCGAAUCGAUUACCCACCUGGUGCAGGUGUGGAAAAGUAAUUACCUACGCACGGGUGAAAGAACGAUCGUUCGGAUGACGGUUGCGGGCGUUCGAUGA